AUGGCUCGGAUGAACCGCCCCGCGCCGGUGGAGGUCUGCUACAAAAACAUGAGGUUCCUGAUCACCCACAACCCCACCAAUGCCACGCUCAACACCUUCUUGGAGGACCUGAAGAAGUACGGUGCCACCACGGUGGUGCGAGUGUGCGAAGUGACCUAUGACAAGACACCCCUGGAGAAGGACGGCAUCACCGUCAUGGAUUGGCCAUUUGAUGAUGGAGCGCCUCCUCCCAGCAAGAUAGUGGAAGAUUGGCUCAACCUGUUGAAGACCAAGUUCUGCGAAGACCCCGGCUGCUGCGUGGCCGUGCACUGCGUGGCCGGCCUGGGGCGCGCUCCCGUCCUCGUCGCACUGGCCUUGAUCGAGAGCGGGAUGAAGUACGAAGACGCCAUCCAGUUCAUCCGACAGAAGCGCAGAGGAGCCAUCAAUAGCAAGCAGCUGACGUACUUGGAAAAAUACCGACCAAAGCAAAGACUCCGAUUUAAGGACCCUCAUAACCACAAGAACAAAUGCUGCAUCAUGUAACCUCAAUGACCUCUUGCCAAAAUCUGUGCACACAGACACCCGGGCACUCGCACGCAUCC